GAUCUGUACAAGGAGGCCAUGAUGGAGGAGCACCAGCCUCUUAUAUCACAAGAAAAUCUCAGUAAGAAAUGUGAAAAUGUCAUGUUACCACUAGAAGAAGAUAUCCUGCAGCGCUCUUCAGGAGAAAACCUCAUUACCCUUAAUGUACAUCCAGGGCUUCACAGUACAGAUCUGUCAUAUAAUCCUCCUAAUUAUGAGGAACCUUCUCCUGACCAAUCACAGAUUGUUACCGCAAGUACAAGUCAGAAAAGGAUUAAAAGGUUUCAUUGUGAUAAAGAAUCCACAAACAGCUCAGGACUUUCUACACACCGAAGACGUCACAAAGGAGAGAAAAUAUGUUCAUGUUUAGAAUGUGGGAAAUGUUUCACGCGGAAAUCAAGUCUUGUUAAACAUCAGAGAAGACACACAGGAGAGAAGCCAUAUUCAUGUUCAGAAUCCGUAUGA